AUGUCAGUCAUGCGCCAUGGAGGCGGCGGUUUCCUUCAGCGCCGCCUCACGAAAUUGUACACCGAUACCAAGACCUCCUGCGAAAGUGUGACGACCGCAUCGAAAGCACUUGAUGACCCCGAACUUAUUGCCCUCCAUCAAAGUUUCCAAAAACAACGAGAUCGCUUACUCUCAUGGGGGCUGGACUGGAGCGACGCCAGCGCCGCUCAGCCUAAUGAUAUCGAUGAAUCCCUCACUGCGGCUGGUUUUAGUGACGUCGUCGAGAGUGUCAUGUCAUCAAUCCAAGACUUGCUCAAUGACGCCGAGAGAGUACAACAUCUCGACCCUCCGAUGCUCCCCUCGAAAGACCGCAAGAUGGACCUAUCGAAAGAACCCCUCGGAAGCCGACCUCUCAAGACCCAAUGGACGGACGAUGAUAUAAGCCGAUCGAAAACUAUUUUGAAUGAACUGACUGGAUGUAUCGAUACGCUAUAUGAUUUGUCGCGCUCUCGGCGAAACAUGGCUUCCAGCAUGUCAUCUACCAAGCAUGGUGGCAUCGCUCGACGACCCUUUGACUCGCCCCAAGGCUCUUUCUCAGACUCGAAGGAGAAAGUCCAGAGCCCCAAGCAAAUGUUCGACCAAUACACCUUUUCCCCAUCUACAACACAAGGCGGACACUUCCUCUCCUCCCACCAGCUUAUCAUCGAGCGAUCUGCUUUGCAUCUCUAUGGAGCCGGCGAAGAUAAUAACCCUCCCCCAUAUGAACCUGUCGCAGUAUCUUCCAACUCGCGCGCCGUGGGAAGAUUAGAUACAUCCGCCUCUCCCACCUUACAAUGCUCGGUUAGAGAAUUACAGGUCUCUGUAUUAGUUGAAUUCAUGCCUAUGAUUGUGGAUUCCAACAAAGACAAACAGAAUUCUCGGCUGGAAAAGCUACAGAAAUCUCUCGAGCAGCUGUUGCAGAAUGCUAGAAUUUCUCACCUUGGCCUACUACGAUUCCUUGGCUAUUCAAUUGACGAGCCGAACUCACGAUUCGCGUUCCUUUAUCAGAUGCCUGUUGAUUAUUUCCCAUUUCUACGAAACCCGAGCGAUUUAUUAAAAGAACUCAAACCUAUUUCCCUUGUCGACCUUCUACCUUCCGCCGAGGACUAUCGUGAGAAACGAAUGCCGAACCUUGAGAUCCGCUUUCGACUUGCUUAUGAUCUGUUAAUGUCCGCUUUGCACUUGAGAAGCCAGAAUGCAGUGCAUGGUAACAUCAACAGCAGCAAUAUCAUCUUCUUUCCUGGCCGUGCAGACGCAAACAAUGACGAAAGCGGACUAUCACCAGAUCUACGCCGACCCUAUUUGACCACACCAGUCCGAUUCGCAGGAGACGGCCCCACUCCUGAACCAUUAUCAUCGGCCAUGUACCGUCACCCAGAGGAUAAGCGUAAUAUCGAUGAUGAUGGCGCAUGGGCCUAUGAUCUGUACUCGCUUGGGUUGGUCUUGCUGGAAAUUGGUCUGUGGGCACCUAUUGGGCGAUUGUGGAAGAUGAAGUAUGACCGUACUUGGUUUAAGCACCGCAUUGAAGAUCUCUAUGUCAAAAAGCUUGGUCCAAAGUGUGGUGGCGCAUACCUCCAAGCCGUCCAGCUUUGUCUCGACGCCCCUAAUUUUCACCUUUCAACACAGCCUAUGACCGACCUCGCGCUUCGCGUUCCUCAAAUUUAUCAUUAUCCCGUCCUCGACCUAUCCGACCCUGACGGAACAUUCUCAUUCUCGAUGAACUUCAUGUACACAAUCUGUAAGAUUCUGUGGUCAUGUUGUGGGAUUGAUAUAUUUUCAGCGCCACCGGCUGAAGAGCUCGAUGACUAUCUACCCUUGGCCCUUGUUCCCACCCCUGAGCCUACCCUUGCAAAUGAACAAACUGGCGGUUAUAGGCAUACCAAUGAGCCGGCUAACCUUGAUAAAAAUCUCCCAAAGAUUCCAAGUGACAACUGGGGUGCAGUGAUACCUGCCAAAGGCCCGGAAAAACCUGCCAAGAAGCGUACUCUUAAGCGUCUUCCUCAUCUGGAGAUACCUGAUGAACAUUGGCAAGAAUGGAAUUUUCAAAUGAUGCCUAAGCUUAGUCGACUUCUCCAGAAGAUCUUGAAAGACUCAAGCGAAUCGUGUGGAGCGACUCUCAUGAUGACUGGAGAAUCUCCUGAAUCUGCACGAACUACCAUCUGUGUAACCUGUGCUAGCGUGAAGAAAGUUCGUUCCGCGUUAAAGAAGCACUUCCAGCUAGGCCGUGACGACUGGGACCUCAUUGUUAUCCGAGGUGAUAUCGAGCGGUCCAAAGUGCCCCGUCAGAAACGUCACAAGCCAGCAAAGACGCGCCCAAAUGGAUCUAACGAGACGCCCUUUCGUCAGCGAGAACUGAAUCCAUGUUACCAGCAAAGACCUCUAUGCGGCGCUUCAAUUGGUGCCUUUCAGAACGAGGAACACCUCCCGCCUGUUUCAUACGGUGGAGCCGUCCUGGUUGAUGGAAUGCCGUAUGGCUUGACAGUUCAUCAUAUGCUCGAAGCACUAAGUGACGAGGAAGAAUCAGAUGAAAGUGAAGAUGAAUUGCCGACACGCUCUGCUGGCAACUGGCCCCGCAACACAUCCACUAUCGGUAACGUGGAUCAUCUGUCAAGUUAUCAUCAUGAUGAUCAAUCAGAGAUCAACCUGGAGCUUGAAUUUUCUGAUUUUGAAGAUGGCGAUGACGUUAUGCCACAUGGCACCGAAGCGGGCUACGAUGAAUACUGGCUCUCCGAAGAUGAAUCCUCUGACGAUGAAUCUAUUGAUGCCGAUGAUGAUGACGAUGCCGCAUCUAUUGGCGACACUACCGGCAUAGAGCCUGGGGAAGAGCCACGACUAUUUGUCACCCAACCAGCCAUUGAUGACGUGCAUGAAGACUUCUUUCCAUCCCCUGAAGAUCGAGAUGAUGAGCAUCUUGCAUCACAUUCUUUGGGCUACGUCCAUGCCUCAUCAGGCGUGCGUCGCUGGGUAUGGAAGGGGAUCAAGCACGAAAUUGACUGGGCUCUUAUCAGAGUGGAUGAUGCUCGUAUGGAUCCCCGUAAUAUUAUAAUUGACACUACCUCAUCUUCCGCCAUAAGGCCUGCUCCUGGGCGGGCCGCUCAACCGCCACCUAUAUUUCUCAACCAAGUCACUCGGAUGGAGGAGUUGGGUGGACUAAAGGUUCAUUGCUGUGGCCGCACAAGUGGUCUGCAAUCAGGGCAGAUAUCGAAGGCAAUGACUCUGGUCAAAAUGCAUGGUCGACACUCUUUUUCGACGAGCUUUUGCGUCCAUGGGAACUUUGGAGCCCCCGGCGACUCCGGUGCUUGGGUAUUUGACAGGUCAACCGGUCGUGUUUGUGGCCAUGUCCUUGCGUGGUCCGAGAGAAGCAAUACAACCUACAUCGCGCCGAUGGAGGUAACACUCGAAGACAUUACCCGAACUCUCAACGCAUCUCUCGUCUCCCUUCCUAACGAUCCCACUCGAUCAAUGGGCUACGCAGCCUCUCCUCCCCCUCAAGUCGCACAAUACCGCUAUCCACCCCAACAACAGCUCCCAGGCGAUUUCAAUCGUCUGACUGUUGGCGGUCCACCUCCACCUCCCAUGAUUCCGCCACCACAUCCGUUUUCCCAUCCUCAUCCUCAUCCUUCCCAUCCAGGCUUCGGUCGGCCUCCGCCUCCACCACCUCCACCUCCGCAGCCUGGCUCCCGGGAAGCUCAUGUCUAUGGUCGUGUGUCGCCAAUCCCACCGUCACUUCUCAGUGGACCACGAAACAUAGAACGCCAACUCGCAUGA